UUUUUAUACAAAGUAGUGUUGGUUAUCAAAUAAGAUAGGUAGAUAGGUUUUACCAGCUACAGGCUAGCUGUUAAAAAAGAUAUAGGGAAAUUCAAUUACGAAAAAGGCAAUAUCACGAAUUGAAAUGGUUUGAUUAUUUAUAUUGUGAAUACAUAUAUACCUAAUUUAUAUUUUGAAUUGUUUUCAAGAUAAAAUGCAACAUAAACAUAUGUUUAUUGGUGAUGCCAGAUUUGUGAAGGAUAUUAUUUAUUCACAAUGUCAUUUAGGAACAUAAAAUGAAUAGUAUUUUUGUUUUCAUACAUGUGUUUUUAUUAGAAGCAAAUCUUACCGACAUAAAUACCUUAUUUACACUCAUCGAGCGCUAUACAUAUAUCGGUAUGUGUUCGUCACUUGAGUUCUGUCAAAGGUAAUAUAAUAUCAAUCUUGAGCAUCUAUGUAUCCUCAUGGAAAGCGCAACUGCAACACGUUUACAAUAUAAAUUGUCCAAUUGUUUGAAAAUACUACGUAUUUACGAUUGGCUUAUAAAUUCAUAUAUAUUGGAUUUCUAUAUUGAUCAACAUUGGGAAAAGUUGCCGAAAAGUUGGCGGAUACAUUUGGAGGAGUUGAAUCCUGGAGAGUUAACUACACUUUUAAAUUAUAACAAAUGUAGUAAACAGAAUCGUGUUUGGCCAUUAUCGUUAUUAGCUUUACGACACUUGUUAUUACAAUUAAGUAUACCAAGAGACCAAUCUACAAAUUCAGCUGAAUUGAGUAUAUCGCGGAGCCCAGUUCUAAGCCACAUAAAGCUUGGACAUGUAUUUAAUAAAUGCGUUAAACCUAAAAAACGCCAUGAAAUACAAUUAAUGGCUUCCCUUUGUGAAUACAGUUGUCGAAUAUCAACAGUUGAUUUUGUUGUGGAUUUUGGCGCAGGCUUAGGUCACCUCGCACGAGCACUUGGCUAUGGAUAUGGUAUACAAGUUUCUUGUAUAGAAAUGCGACCAGAACUUAAUGUACAAGCUAGCAGUAUUGACAUAAAAUUGGAAUGCAUUCUUAAAAGACAUUUACCAUCAACGAAUCAUGCAUUUUUUAGGCGUCCAAAACAUGUAACAUUGUGGAUAACACCGGACAUGAACCCGCAGCAAUUUCUCCGAAUCAUUGCUGAGUCACAACAAAAGUCUUGUAAUAAUUUUAAGUUUGGCAUAAUUGGCUUACAUCCAUGUGGUGAUUUAGCUGUUAUAUUGAUGCGAAUGUUCAUAAAUAUUCCCCAGGCUCGGUUUCUUAAUUUUGCUAGUUGUUGCUACAUGAAAUUAACUACGUCUGAAACACAGUCUAAUAUUAACCUACAAGGAUACCCACUUAGCCAAUUCUUGUUAAAAGAGGAGAAAUUAUCGUUUUUGAGCUAUGAAGCACUUGAGAUCUCCUGUCAUGCUAUGGAGAUAUAUUGCGACCGUCUUGCUAAAGGUGACUAUGAAUAUUUAAAAGUGCAUUCUUUCCGAGCCGCCGCAGAGCGAAUUAUUGUCAACCAAUGGCCCAAUUUAAAGCAUUGUGGAUUGCGAAGUGUGAAACAUGUACCUGGUAUGGACUUCGAAGACUAUUUCUACAAAGCAACACAAGGAGUUGAUGCUUCAAAUUUGCCGCGUUCUAUGUUGCAAACUUCAAUAACACAAAAUGAUUUACGUCAUUGGCGACGCAUAGUUAUUUUUUAUACACUCCGAUUGAUGUUUGCACCUUUAAUAGAAAGUAUAAUACUGUAUGAUCGAGCUUUAUUUCUACAAGAAAAUGUUUAUUUUUCCAGAGUGCCAAGUGAAGAUUAACGCAACGUUUGAUCCUCGUAUAUCACCGCGGAAUCACAUAACUUGUUCGUUUAAACCCAGAUGAUAAUCACGUUGUUUGUGUGCGAUUGGCGCCUAAACUACUGAACCGAUUUUAAUGAAAUUUUGCACACGUCUGCAAUUUGGUCCAACUUAAAAGAUCGGAUAGUUUAUAUUUAAAAUUUUAGUCGCCAUGUCUAUUCGGCCAUUCGGUCAAGCGAUAAUUAGAAUUUAUACGUUACAAUUAGCAAUAUAAGAUUGUAUAGUACAUAGGCAAAACCGGAGCAAAAAAUAAAAAAUUAGUUAAGAAAAAAAUAA